CACCCACACCUACGCCUACAGACAGCAGCGUGCGUGCAUCUUCCGGCGAGCUUCUACAGUUUGCAUUGCACCGCGUCAAAUCAGGUUGAAAUGCCGCCAAAAUUCCAUGUGUGUUUGAUUAGUUGUUGUUAGCGGCAUCAAGCAAUAAUUUAGCCUCUUGUGAUUUCGGUUUUGAUGAUGUGUUCGCCAUGUGGCAAGUGGGCUAUACUGUAAUCCGCGUAUAUAUUCCCCUUGUCUGUUGCGCUUAAGCUCCCGCUAAAUACACUCCCUCCUCGCCGUCCGUCCGCCCCUCCAUUCCAUCCAUCUUCUUCUUCUCCUCCGAUCCGCCAUUGCCUCGGUGCCCGAGCUCGCUCGCGCGCCGCAGCGGCUUGCUUUUCCUGUCGCUUUAGUCGGCUUCCCGCCACUGUUCUGCUGGCCUCGGCGUGAUAAGCUAGCUAGCCACCUUUAAUUUACGGCUGCAAAGCGCGCCAAUUCGGGGGGCGGCGGCGGUCACCAUGCUGGGGGUGAGGAAAGGCGCCGCGACUGUGGAGCUCGGCUCGCUGACGAUGAGGAGGAAGGGCGCCCCCCCUCCGGCUCCCCCGGCGGUGCCGGUGGAGGAGGGGAAGAAGGCGCCGGCGGUGGCGGUGGGGGCGGGGAAGGUGUCGGCGGAGGAGGUGUGGGAGGUGCGGCCGGGCGGGAUGCUGGUGCAGAAGCGGGGCCCCGAGGAGGACGAGCCGGCGCCGGAGAGCGUGAAGCCGGUGCCCACCAUCCGGGUCAAGGCGAGGCUCGCCGGCAAGACCCACGAGAUCUACGUCAGCGCGGAGGCCACGUUCGGCGACCUGCGGAGGCGGGUGGCGGAGCGCGCCGGCGCGCACCCGGAGGACCUGCGCACGCUGUACAAGGGCAAGGAGCAGGACCCCAAGGCGUUCCUCGACAUGGCGGGGGUGAGGGACCGCUCCAAGGUCGCCGUGGUCGACGACCCCGAGGCCCGCGCGCGGCGGCUGCUCGAGGAGCUCCGCCAGGGCAGCCUCCGCAAGGCCGCCGGCGCCGUCGCCGCCGUCGCCGCCGAGGUCGACAAGAUCGCGCCCAAGGUGUCGGCGCUGGAGGCGUCGGUGCGGAAGGGGGAGAAGGUGGCGGAGAAGGACGUGGCGACGGUGACGGAGCUGCUGAUGAACGAGCUGCUCAAGCUGGACGCGGUGGUCGCCGGCGGCGACGUCAAGGCGCAGAGGCGUGUGCAGGUGAAGCGGGUGCAGAAGUACGUGGAGACGCUCGACGCGGUCAUGGCCAAGAACGCCGCCAUCGCGCCCAAACCCGCCAGCGCGAAGAAGCAGCCGCAGCAGGCGGCGCCACAGCCAACGCCGGCGAGGCAGCAGCAGCAGCCGCAGCCGCAGCCGCAGUCGCAGCGCCAACGCCAGCAACAGCCUCCGCAGCCCCCGGCGCAGACGACGCGGUGGGAGAUGUUCGACCUGCUGUCGUCGCUGCCGACCACGUCCUCCUCCUCCUCCACCACCACCGACAGCUCCACCGCGUCCUCCGCCGGCGCGCCCCCGCCGCCCACCAACCGGCUCGACUGGAUGCUCUAGCUCGGAUCGAAUUUCAGAAGCAAGAAUUGCUCGCCGAGACGGUGAUUGAAUUUCGGCCAUGUCUUGAUUAGCUCAUCAUCAUGGCACUCCAUACCGCCGCCAAGUCCUAGCUCAUCGCCAUGUCAGAGAGAGGUGUCCAAAGUUUUUUCCUCUUUUUCGUCGUCUUCUUCUUCUUCUUCUUCCGCGUCCGUCAUCAUCAAAUUGUCUGAUACUGCUACAAAUUCUUUCGUGUGCAUACUCUGGGAACCAAACAGUCGGUCAAAAGCUAGGGGAUGUAAAAUGUAAUGUGUUGAGUUGAGAUUGGGAAAUAAGUCAAAGCUUAGAGUUGCGUCCA